GGACUGCUAAACUUUCCAGGUUCAACAGAAAGCAGCUCGUUGUUUUGCUGUGGCGGAGUAGAAGACCGUACCAAGAAGUUCUGCUGGGUCUUCUCUCCAAGAAUUCGUACUGCCCUGCGAGUCUAUGUGGUAAGGUUUGCUAUGCUCGUGUUGCAGUCUUGCUGUUGAAAAGUUUACUGGGUGUGACUCUGCAUUCGAGGGUCGUAGCUCUGCUCUCUACCCUCUGUGGGCAAGCAACGCUGUGGACAUGGCGAGGACGACGCCUGCACACGCGGCGCGUUGGCCCCUGGUCAUCCUGAUCUUCACUCACGCUGUGUCCGGGCAAUUCCUGAACGUCGUUAGCAAUGUGUCGCAGAACAUCCAAGUGGCCACCGAACAGACCUGGGAAGGAGCUACCCUGUCGUUUUGCAUCGACACGACAGGCAGUAUGUACGAUGACUUGCUGCAGGUCAGGAAUGGCGUCAGGAAUAUCUUCAGAGCCAUCUCGGAGCAGCAGGAGAUCCCCAUCGUCAACUACGCGUUGGUGACCUUCCAUGACCCAGAGGUUAACCUCGCUACGCUCACUGCCGAUCAGGCGACGUUUGAGAAUGCGGUGGAGGCAUCGCUGGAAGUGCACGGCGGCGGGGAUUGUCCCGAGAUGGCAGUCGGCGGUAUCAACCUGGCGCUGCGACGCUCCCUUCCGCGGUCAUUCAUAUUUGUGUUCACUGACGCCUCGGCCAAGGACUACCAACUGAAAACCCAAGCACUGAGCUUGAUUCAGGAAACCCAGAGUCAGGUCAUAUUUGUAUUGACGGGUGACUGUAAUGAUCAAAGCGCAGAAGGGUUCCGAGCCUUCAAAGACAUCGCUGCUGCAUCAGCUGGCCAGAUUUUCUUUCUCCGGCAAAAGAAUGAGGUCGCCGAGGUAUUGAAGUUUAUCGAGAUCUCUGUCAACGCUAGGCAGGUGAACAUACUGUCGGUGGAGACACGGCCGGGUGCUGCACGUUAUCAGAUUCCCGUUGACGGCAGCUUGCAGCAGCUGAUUGUGUCGGUCAGUACAAACACAACAACUGGAGUCAACGUUCGUCUGCCGGAUGUUCGCGUCAUGAGUCCCAAUGGCCAGGAGUUCUUCCCGACCGUCGAUCUCGGCUCUGUGGUCGUGAUAAAUAUCACCAAGCCCGCCGUGGGCUGGUGGAAUCUGUUUGUGGACUCACCACUGCCGUACAGCGUGCGCGUCAAGGGCGUGAGCCUUCUCGACUUCAAGAUACACUUCACGGUCGCGAGUGGAACACAGCGUGUCUUCAUCACCAGGCCUGUUGAAGGCCAGUCAUCGUUCAUUGUGCUUCAGCCCAGUGAUGCUGCAGGCCAUCUUCUAGUCACCGGCAUGCAACUCAUAAACCUUGCUGGUACCGUCAUCCAUGACAUUCCUCUCAACUGGACAACGUCAAACCCCUACCCGAGGUUGGCUCAUCCAGGAUUCGAGGCACCUCAGCAGCUCUUCUACGUGCGUGUGCAGGGUAUCGAUUCUCAAAACAUGACGUUCUAUCGCCUCACGCCAACACCUGUCCAGCCAGGGUUACCAUCGCCUCCAACCGUGAUUGAUUGGCUUACGGAUAUCAGUGGUGAACUAGGUGGUUCCGUGCAGCUCAGAUGCGAUUACCGUAGCUUGGUGCAGGCGUCCGUUGUGUGGUACCGUGAUGGCGUUCCAAUCGACACAAUCAGUCGGACAGAUCCAAGGUUCCUGGUGUUGGCAGAUGGCAAGCUUCUCAUCACCAGACUUUCUUUGAAUGAUGCGAAUUGCUAUCGCUGUCAAGUAGUUAGCAUAGCUGGAAACGAUACAGGCCGGCCAGUGUGUCUGGAGGUGCUGCAGCCACCGCGCAUCACACAGCCUGCCCAAGGCCAAUGCAACACCAGUGUCGUGCCAGGGAAUGGCUUCCAGCUACAGUGUAGAGCAUCAGGGGACCCAACACCAACAAUCAGCUGGCAGAAAGACGGGAUUAAAAUCGAAAGCACGUCCCGCAUGCGAGUCUUCAGCAAUGGUCUGCUGCGAGUGCGCCAAGCUUUGCCGGGCGAUGAUGGACGCUACACGUGUGUGGCUGAGAAUGGUGUAGGCCGACCGGACACUAGGGAUUGCUACAUCCUACUGAUGACUGCACCGUCGUUCACCAGUGUCAGUGAUGUGAUUGCCAUCGUUGGGCAACGGGCCAUUCUCACCUGUCUCUCUGAUGGCUCGCCCACACCUCAGAUCACGUGGUGGGACGGGCAGGAUCGUAUUCGCAACACAUCGCGCAUCACCAGUCUACCCAGCGGUAUCUUGAACAUUAGCCGUGUGGAGCUAGGUGACGAGGGCUCAUACACAUGUGUAGCUUCCAACCCGGCUGGUCGUAGGAGCAGUACAGGCUUUCUCACCAUCCAUGUGCCUCCGGAGAUUGUGGUGGCGCCAGACCCUCUCUACGUGAGAUCUGUAGACAGUGAAUUCCGUCUGCUAUGUGUUGCCAGCGGAAAGCCAGACCCGGUGACAAUUUGGCUGUUCAACGACAGGCCAGUUGACCAGUCUCGUGUGCGCGUCAACAGCAACACGCUGACCGUGUCUCGUCUGUCUGUCGCCGACGAAGGCAGUUACACAUGCCUGGCAAACAAUGAUGCUGGAACGGCUAACAGCACCACUGUUCUAAUUGUGCAAGUUCCACCGGCUAUUAUCACGACCCAGACUCAAGUUAUUGUUCUCCGUGGCACUCCUGCAUUCUUGCCGUGCGAGGUCAUUGGCAAGCCGACACCAACGGUGACGUGGCAGAGUAGUGUCUAUGAUGAACGCUACAUGUCUCAGAUUCCCACCAGAGGACUCCAGAUAUCAGCGGCCCGGCUGGAGCACAGAGGACUGUAUACCUGCACAGCUGCCAACCCAGCAGGUUCAGCAUCACAUACCAUUGAGUUGGUUGUUGAAGCUCCACCGAGUAUCGCGGGUCCAACAGAGAUGGACAUAGUGGUGUUCCCGGGCACAUACAUAUGUAUGGACUGCGAGGUGGUAGGACUGCCAAUACCAUCAGUGGUAUGGCAGAGGAACUUGCGCCGUCUGCCGGUCAUCGACGAAAAGUGGAUCAUACAUCCCAACGAUACACUGUGCGUAAUCAGCACUGUCGUCGCCGACUCCGACAUCUACGUGUGUCUGGCACGCAACAAACAUGGAGACGCCCGCAAGGACUACAACUUGACUGUUCUUGAACCACCCCGUCCAGACGGUCCCCCUGUAGACGUCGUCACCGUCACAGCCAACUCACCCACGGUGCUGCCGUGCCCCGUCACUGGUAAUCCUAAACCAGAAGUGAGGUGGUUCUAUUUGGGAACCAACACCUUGGUGCCAUUAGGUGGCCGUAUUACGCAGAGCGGUGAUAACUCUCUGGUCCUGGAGAGUGUUACGGCUGAAGACAGUCGUGGGUACCAGUGCGUUGCCAGUAACGAGGUUGGAACCACCACCAUCAAUGUCACACUGGAUGUCAAAGUUGCUCCGGUUAUCGAGCCGUUCGCGUACACCGAGGUUGUUGCCAAUGUCAGUCAAAUACGUGUUUUGCUGCCCUGCAUUGCCCGUGCCAAUCCACCUGCAACCAUAACCUGGCUCAAGGACUUUCAGCCUGUCACUCCAGAGUUCCUCCGAUACCUAAUCAGUACAGAUGGCACACUGAUUGUCACAAGCAUCCAAGCUAAUGAUGCUGGCUUCUACACCUGCGAGGCGUCGAAUGAAGUCGGGACGGCAACACUCAGUCUCAGGGUUAUUGUUCAAGUACCACCGGUCAUUACCCAGUCCCCACAAAACCAGGCCAUCAUUGUCGGCAGCAAUGUGGCAUUCCAGUGCAAAGCCACUGGCCUGCCCAGCCCUGUGAUAUCCUGGCACACUCGCGGUCAGCCUCUUGACAUUGAGGGCGAGUUCUUGGCAUUGGACAGCGUGCAGCCACGCCGAGACAGAGGCAACUACACGUGUCAGGCCAGCAACAUACUGGGAACAGUACAAGCAACAGCAUCACUGGAUGUGCUAGUUCCACCUGAAAUUGUUGGUUUUGGCGAUGUGAAAGUCGAGGAGCCAGUCGCAGGAGAAGGGAUUCUACUGCCAUGCCCAGCCUCUGGCAAUCCUCCACCGACAAUCUUCUGGAUGCGCGACAAUGAGAUCAUAACCGCCACGUCCCAGCGUUACCGCAUCUUCCCGAAUGGCUCUCUGUGGAUACCUACCCUGGAGGGGGCUGACCGCGGUGUUUACGUCUGUCGCAUUAACAGCUCUGUUGGAGUGGACGAGCUAAGAUACGACCUGAAUGUAAAAGUACAUCCUGAGUUCACCAGCCAACCUAAAAACACCACAACGCGGGUUGGGAGCACUGUGUGGAUGCAUUGCAGUGCUUCCGGUAGCCCAGUAGCCACCGUCACUUGGCUCAAGGACGGACAACGGCUGCAGGUGGAAAGCGUUGCCAGGCUGAGACAAGCCAACAAUGGCAGCUUGCAGAUAAUCAAUGUCCUAGCCAGUGACCAGGGAAAAUAUACUUGCCUUGUGGGAAAUGAACUGGGCAUCUUGACUGGUGAUGGACAUUUGACUGUGCAAGUACGUCCGAACAUUACACCACCUGUUGGAUCUGACCAGAAUCCUACCACCCAACAGGGUGAUGCGAUAAUGCUGAACUGUCCCUCGGAGGGGAACCCCCCUCCCAUCAUCGAGUGGGAACGGGAUGGUGUACAGUUGGUGGAGGAUCCUGAACGGCACGUGAUGUAUUCCAAUGGCUCUUUGUUGCUGCGAUUCCCGAAGGGAGAGGAUAGCGGACGAUACACAUGCAAGGCUCUGAAUCAGCUGGGAGAGGAUGAGAUCUCUUUCAUCCUCAAUGUGAAUGUAAAACCAGUGUUCACAAUGUGCCCGGUGGUGGCUGUCGUACCGCAAGGCCGCAGCACUAGAUUCGACUGUGUAGCCACCGGCCGGCCCCAGCCAGUCAUCUACUGGACAUCAAGUGCUGGCAUUGACUCGCGCUCCAACUUCAAUGACCCGCACUUUGUCCAGCUGCAGAACAACAGUUUACUGGUGCAGGCACUGCGUCCAUCGCACGCAGCCACCUACACUUGCCAUGCAGUCAACGUUGUUGGACAGGACAAUUGCAGUGCUAGUUUGACUGUAGAAGUACCACCAGUGAUUGAUGCCCCGCCAAGUCCAGUAGCCACCAUUGAUGAGAACAGUCCCAUAACCUUGCCGUGUCCAGUGCGAGGUCUACCACCUCCCACGGUCACUUGGUAUAAGAACGGUCAGCCGCUUGUGGCGGACGGUGUUCGUAUUUCCAUCCUAAACAAUGGCCAGCAGCUGAGGAUUUCCAGCGCGCAGGGAGAUGACACGGCUAACUACGAGUGCCGAGCAAAGAACAAGCUUGGAGAAGUUGCUCAGUCAUUCCAGAUAGCAAUCCAAGUGGCACCUACCAUCAACUUGGUACCUCAGGACCAGACCGUGCAGGAGGGUCAGACGGCAGUGUUCCACUGUGGAGCUAGCGGGAGACCACGGCCACGCUUGCAGUGGUUCAAGGCGGUGCAGACCGGUGAUUUGUUCCCGGUACUGCGCACUGCUCACAUCCAGCUGCUCAGGAAUGGCUCGCUGGUGAUCCGCGACACACAGCCGUCACAUGCAGGUGUCUUCGUUUGCGCUGCUGCUAAUGUACUUGGAGAAGACCGGCAGUCGGCAUUGCUGAAUGUACAAGUUCUCCCGAAUAUACCCGAGCUUGAUGAACCACGGCCUGAAGUUGAUGCUGGUGGCAUCCUGACACUGCCAUGCCCUGCUGAAGGCAACCCACCACCGCAGAUAAGGUGGCUGAAGGAUGGAGCACUUGUUACGUUCAGUAAUAGAAUACAACAAGCUCCAUCCGGUGCUCUGGUUAUCCUAGAUGCACGACCAUCUGAUGAUGGGGACUACCAAUGCGUGGCCUCUAACCCAGUCGGUGACGUCACGCUGGAUGUUCCGGUCACUAUUAGAGUCUCGCCCAGCUUUACCCAACUUCCUCAGAACACAACGGCUGAAGUGGGAAAACCAACGUGGCUCCACUGCGUGGCUGGCGGCAAUCCUGCUCCGGAGGUAUCGUGGCUACGGAACGGCAGUCCACUGCAGGCCGAUAGUCACCUGCGAUUGUACAGCAAUAACACACUGUACAUCCCGUUCGUCGAGAUCAAUGAUGAUGCAUCGUACACGUGCGUGACCAAGAACGACCUGGGGGAGACCAGACAUACUAUUCACUUAAACGUGGAGCGUGAGCCCACCAUUGCUCCCCCUGGUGCUGCUCCCACCGCCGUGUUUGUUGGUAACACGACCACACUGGUUUGUGAGUUCAACGCCAACCCACCACCACAGGUUUACUGGGUGUAUAAUGGUCGUAUUCUCUUCACCACCGGCCGAUACAACGUUACCACUAUUGGCAAUGUGCACACCUUGCAAAUAGCCGGAGCAGCUCAGGAAGAUGCAGGAAACUACACGUGCCGUGUGCGUAACCGGCUCGGAGAGACCGAACGGAUAUUUGUGCUGAACGUCAACACCCCAUCAGAUAUUCUCCAGCCUGAAGACACAUCUGUGGACGUAGCUGUGGGUCAGCCUCUCAUUCUCAGCUGUGUAGUCAGUGGAUUUCCACCGCCAGAGAUUGCUUGGCUGAAGGAUGGAAGUCCCAUCGUCCCCAGUGAUCGUCUGACAAUCAAAUCUGAUAACAGCUUAGAGCUGUCAUCCCUUGAGGCUGGCGAUUCUGCCCAGUAUACAUGCGUAGCUACCAAUGACAUCAAUGCUGAUGUGCUGGUCUACGAUCUCAGAGUGCUGGUUCCUCCCAGCAUUGUUGUUGGGCCGGAAGAUCGGACCGUGUCACCUGGUCAAUCGGUUGAGUUCUUCUGUGUUGCCGAAGGUGUCCCAAAACCUGCCAUACUGUGGAUUCAUGACGAUAGAGAGAUUACGCCGGACCGAGCUGCACGCGAGGGCUUUGCGCUGCGUCAGGAUGGCACUCUCCUAGUUCCGACUGUCAGUCAUCAACACGCUGGCCGCUAUCAGUGUGUUGUCAUAAACUCACAGGGCCAGGAUAGAGAAACAGCAGUGCUCACAGUGUUCUCUGCCCCGGAAAUCAUCACACCGCCAAGUAAUCAAGAAGCCCCUGUCAGUGGCCAGGCUGUCUUCCACUGCGUGGCACACGGCCUCCCCAUACCAAAUAUCACCUGGGUGCGCAAUGGAGAGGCAGUGGAGGUACAGCGUGGUAGUGUCAGCACUCGUGGUGGCUACCUCAUACUGUCCAAUGUGCAGGUUGCCAUGGCUGGAGUCUACACCUGUGUGGCGAUGAACCAAGUCUCGUCUGUACGGGCUAAUGCCACCCUCACCGUACAUGUGGCACCGACCGUGACUGGCGGUGAACAAGACAGGACAAUCAAGGAAGGGGAUAACAUCGUCCUACAUUGCCAGGUGGAAGGUUCACCAGACCCGGUUGUUUCCUGGCUCAAAGGCGACCGUCCUCUACUCGGCGAGCGAUUCCAGCAGUUUCCCAACCACACACUGGUAGUGCAGAACGCACAGGCCACGGACAGUGGCAUCUACAGAUGUGUGGCUGUCAAUCUGGUGGGCCGUGCAUCGUUCUCGGCCACAGUGAAUGUACAAGUUCCACCGCACAUUGACGAUUUAUCGGAAAUGCCCUACGUGAUCGAGGGCGACGUGGCUGUUCUGCCGUGCAACGCGUACGGAGACCCUCUUCCCAGGGUUACCUGGUACAAUGGUGAGCUGCCGAUGCAGAUGGGCGGCCGCUACUUCAUGCGACAGGACAACGCAUUGGAGAUCCAGUAUGUGGAGCAGGCCGACUCUGGUAUGUAUCAGUGCCGGGCAGAGAAUCCGGCUGGAACCUACAGGAUGGAUGUAUCACUGGAUGUCAAAGAGCCUCCUAAAAUCCUUGUACCAUCCAGCAUGCCUGCCCCGACAGUUGCUCAGGGCGGAGAUACCGUACUGCAGUGCCCUGCUAGCGGCAACCCGAGACCCACAAUAACGUGGCUACGUGAUGGCCAGGAGAUCAAUUUCAAAGCGGACGGCACAGCUGUCGACGAUGCCAAUAUGCGGCUGCACGGGGAUGGUUCUCUGAGCAUUGCCAGUGCAGGUGCCAAACAUGCUGUUACAUAUCAGUGUGUAGCAACAAAUGAAGUGGGCAGAGACACCUAUCCGUUCCAGUUGGUGGUGCAAACUAAGCCACGUAUCAACAGCCCCGAUACGUCCAUUAUACUACAGCGUGGGCAGCAUCUACAGUUACGCUGCACAGUACUGGGUAUUCCACAGCCAACGGUACGAUGGCUGCACAACGGCAGGCCAAUGCAGCAGACCGUCUCGCAUGCACGCAGCACCUACAAGCAGAGCGAUGCGCUUGCCACACUGCUCGUGUCAAGCGUGGUGCCGAGCGAUGCCGGCGUGUUUGCUUGUGAAGCGGUGAACGCUCUAGGUACUGCACGGCACAACGUUACGGUGGAUGUGUAUGUUGCACCGGAGAUAGUCAACCCACAGGCCGACAUCAACAUGAUACCUGGUACCAACGUGCAGUUCACUUGCAGUGCUGUCGGUCAUCCCACACCUCAGAUCACAUGGUACCGAAAUGACCAACCUGUUCCCCGGAGGUUGGUAACGGAUAGUGAUGGCAGUCUGAACAUUGCGGCUGUGAUUGCUAGUGACAGCGGCGUGUACCGCUGUGUGGCUAACAACAGUGUGGAUAGAGUCUCGCACAGUUUCCGUGCAUUUGUGCAAGAAACACCCAAGAUAUCUACAGAGCCCACUGUGCAGCAAAUCAUUGCAGGAAGUACUGUUUGGCUUCACUGUGUUGCCACGGGCAAUCCGGAACCCACGUUGUCGUGGGAACGGAGCGGCGUCCAGGUGACCUCGUUUGGCCGUGAUCGCAUCUAUGACAACGGCACCCUGGUGAUCAGUGAUGUGCGGCCCGGGGAUGAGGGCAGCUAUGAAUGCUUUGCACGCAACCCAGCCGGUCAUGCAUCUGUUGUUCAUAGCUUUACAGUACUCAUUGUACCGUCAUUCCUGCCACCACAGCCAAUCACACCGUGCCUAUCAGUGCUGUUCGGUGCCACAGCCGUGUUCCAAUGUAGAGUAACUGGCAGACCUGUUCCCGUGGUGACCUGGCGCAAAGCACCAUCCUCUGAGAGCAUUGUGUCGGGACAACGACUGAAGGUGACCAAGGCUGGAUCACUACAAAUUGAUGACAUUAGUCCCGGAGAUAGUGGUGUGUAUGUUUGCUCGGCUACCAAUGCUGCCGGCAAAGUGGAGCAACGUCAUGAGCUCUGUGUGCAAGAACCACCGUCAAUACUGUUGAGCCUACUGGACUGGACUGUUGUAGCUGGACAAAUGGUCACAUUGAGGUGCGAUGUGACUGGCAUGCCUCAUCCACGCGUAGCCUGGCUCAAGGACGACCGUCCCCUGCCGGGAAGUGAUCGUGUGGUGCAGGAUAUGGAUGCCACGCAGAGCGCUACACUGCAGAUUACUGAAGCUCUGGUGUCGGACGGUGGCAAGUACACGUGUGUGGCAACGAAUGAUGCUGGUAGUGCACAAGAGAGUGGUACUCUUAUUGUACAAGUUGCUCCCAUCUUCAAGAUAGUGCCGUAUGACAUAGACCCGGUGGUUGGCAGUAGCAUAGUGCUGCCAUGUGCUGCCAAGGGUGUUCCAGCACCAUCCAUUCAGUGGACUGUCGGGUCGUACGUUCUACCUGGCAGUAACCCUAGAUUUUCAAUGAAGAAUGGCGGAAGUUUGGCCAUCUCGGAUAUUGUGGCUGACGACGCAGGGACAUACGUGUGUGCAGCAAGUAACAGCGCCGGUUCCGUGAAAGCCGCAGCUCAGGUCUCAGUGUUAGUCGCACCCCGUAUUAUCCAGGGGCCGGUUGACAAGUGGAUCAGUGCUGGUGAAACGCUGACGCUGAAGUGCAGAGCACGCGGUUCACCAAUGCCAACUCAGACCUGGUUACACAACGGCGCAGUGAUGCAGUUUGUGGAUGACACUCUGGGUCAAAGUGUCCUGUCGGACGGAACACUACGCAUUGAGAGUGUUGAGGCCAAGCACACUGGUGUCUACCGAUGCCGCUACAACAACUCUGCAGGUGCUGUCACACGCAGGGCCAGAGUCAAUGUGCAAUUUGCACCAGCCAUUGUCGAUAGCCAAAGUGAAGUGUAUGCCCAGGCUGGCGCCAACAUUGUACUGCGAUGCACCGGCCAAGGAUCUCCCACGCCUGCCAUGUGCUGGCUAAGGGAUGGUAAACUGGUGAUAUCCGAAGACAACGUACAUAUCAUGGACGGAGGUGUGCUACUCAUUGCUAAUGCACGGCAAGAUCAAACUGGCACUUACACGUGCAAGGCUACAAACAUCCUGGGAGUGGAGAAUGCCGACAGCCAAGUCAUCAUCCUGGCCCCAACAGCCGGUCAGCCAGGUCCAAUGCCGGCUGGUACCACCCCGGGAUCCAGCGCUGAUUACCCGCUGCCCGCCUAUACACCAUUCCAGCCCAUUGAGUUACGCUUCCCUUUGCCGCCCAGCCAGCAAUCUCCAUCGGUUGCUGUCCUGAUGGAUCUGCCGUGUACUUCCGGUGUUGCCUACCCAAAUCCAAUAUGGAUGAGGAAUGGGUCACCCUUGCAAGCUGGUAACAAGUAUGAGGUGUUAGGUUCUGGGGCAUUGCGCCUGAGAAACCCAACAAGGGCCGAUCGGGGAGUGUACGAAUGUACAGACAUGGGUGAUGACGGCUCCAUUGUGCCCAUCAAUGAUGUUUUCGUCGUAUUUACUGGUGAGGGUGGUGAACCAAUUAGCAGCGACAGUGAUGAAUAUCCGCUUAUUCCAAGGACUCCACCGACACCGCCACCGACUUCACCAGCGCCUAUCAUCACCUCGGAAUUCACCGUCACACUACCUGUCAGUAUCAAUAUCACUAGUGUCAGCUGUGGCCACCAGCUCAAUCUCUUCUGUGGUGAACGAAGUCAGAAUGCUGCCGUCUGGACCAAGGAUGGCCUGCCUGUCGUUCCUGGAAACGACCUGGAGUUGACAGUCAGUGGCGGGUUGAUCAUUCCAGAAUCACAAGUCGGUGACGCAGGUGUCUACUUCUGUUAUCGUAAUGGAGACGUGGUGCAGGCCUACCAAGUCAAUGUGGAAGUGAGUGGUCACAUGACUGUCUAUCCAGUGCUCCCGUCGGGCGCCACAACCGUGUUUAUCCUGCUGGAGGCCUCCGUACUAAUGACGUGCCGUGUUGUGACCUGCGCCCAGUACACUGUACAGUGGUUCAAGAACGGACAACCCAUACAGACCCUAGCUGGCAAGUUUGAGAUGUUCCCAAAUGGCUCAAUGCUCUUGACAAAUAUGGAAAGAAGUGACCGAGGCCGGUAUUACUGCCGUGCCACAAGUGCUACAAACUACACUGAAAAUGAAAUGGUUCAGCUACGCUUCUAUGUACCACCGACAAUAGAUACACAUCCUCUUCCUCGACGGCUGGUUGUGGAUGCUAAUACUGCUUUCCACUGUACCACUGCGUCUGGCAGACCACGGCCGACGAUCUCUUGGACAAAGAAUGGCGCUCCGUUUGAUGUGAGCGCCACACCGCGAUACGAACAGCUGUUGAACGGCUCUCUGGUCAUCCGUGGUGUUCAGGUUGAAGAUGCCGGUGUGUAUCGUUGCAUGGCCAUGUCUGGUCCGCUGAUAGCCGAGUCCAAGCCUGGUACACUGUGCGUCAAUGCACCUCUUUCAGUGUUGGACAAUGCGAUAGAGUUUGGAACACGCUGUAUUUUUGAUAUUGAUGGUGAGUUCAGUGAUUGGACGCCGUACACGACAUGUCCCGUGACGUGUGGUGGUGGCCAGCGUACUCGUAGUCGUCAGUGUAACAACCCGGCACCGCAAGGCACUGGGCAUGCAUGCCGUGGCCCUGCCCGGGAAACAGCUAGGUGUGGAGAAUCAACUUGUCCCAUUGAUGGUGGCUGGAGUGACUACAGUAUACAGGUACAGUGUGGUCAAGCCUGUAGUGAUGACAAUACCUAUCAGAUAGAGGUGCGCUACUGCAACAACCCACCACCGCAGCACGGCGGGCUCACGUGUCCUGGCAGUCCGACACGACAGACGCAAUGCGUGCUGCCGAGAUGCAAUGUUGCUGGUAGCUGGUCUGACUGGGAAUCCUGGAGCGACUGUGAGUGUGGAUCUAGCACUACACGUCAGCGUACCCGUACCUGUACCAACCCUCCACCACUAGGCAAUGGUGCUGACUGCGUCGGCUCGCCUACGCAGACCGAAGAUUGUGUCCUGGCACCCUGUCCCAGCGGUAGCCAGUGGAGGUCAGGUCGAGGUGACUUCACAGCCACACUAGGAUCGACAGCACAGGAUACGAUAAUCCGACCUGAUAUAGCCCUGGACUUUGUAUCUGGAAAUCAGAUUCGCUUGGCCAUACCAGGCUUGACGGCUGCGCAGAACGAGAAGCUGCGAUUCUUCCAGGCACAGCUGCUCAUGCCACUGGUGUUCCUACGCUCUCGUGUUGAGGCCACAGCUAUGAACGGUGCCAGCAUGCACCAAGGAUACGCAAAGCACGUCAUGUUUGCACGGUUUGACACGGGUCAGGCGGCCACAAUCAACACCACCAUCACAACUAGCCAAAGUGGAUUUGUCAGACUGUCAAUCAGCAUUGAUGGGCAGGCACCCGAGGGCCUAGCGCCGUUUCCUAUCCGCGGCUUCUCAGGUAACGAACAGCAUGCCCGCUAUUCCCCCUCCGAGUGGGUGUUCCUCAGCGAACGUGCACGCUAUCAACUUACCUCAAGGUACAUUGGUGUGCAGUGGAGUCAGCGAAUGGAAUGCCAGCGAGCCGACGGUUCACCUGCCACGUGUCAACAACUAACCAAUCGUCAGCAAGUGUUUGGCGUCACACGGCAAAUGACCAGUAGUUUUAAUCCAAGUACUGGCCUCUUCCUAGCUACCACUCCUAUGAAUAGUCGAAUAUUCCCAGUUCCUGGUGCUGUGUGUCCGUCCGGGCUAGAGACGUCCAGUGAUGGCCGAUAUUGCAUUGAUGGCGACAACUGCAGAGAGCGACGCUGUCCCUCAUCAACAUCCUGUGUGGAUGUACUUGGCUUUUCCUACUGUGUGUAGUAGUCACUGAUGCUAGAACAUAAUAAUAUCUGGCCUGAGUUUCCACAUUGCUCCGCUCCCAGGUCAACAUUGUUGGCCUUGCAGCCACUCUAUCUAUUCUUUCAUGCGUCCACAAACUUGACAGGCCAUGGCUUGCUGAUCGAGGCAAUCACGUCAUUCAUCACAUCUUUGCCCAAAACCCAGCGCAGCGUGCGCCCCAGAUUUGAACUUAUUGCUAACAAGCACUCACAGUUUCUGGACACCAUGAUUGCCCCAUGGGUCGGUCCGUGUCAUGCCAGUUACUACCCGUGUUAUUUUUGUUUGCCUUACAUGCAAUACAUUCAGCAAGUGAUGAAGAGAGCAGCUGUCACUCUA